AUGAGGCGACAGAGCCCUCCAACGGUCGUCCCAACGUCACUGGUAGUACUGUUCUCUUCAAUCACUGGCGCGCGAAGACACCAUUGGCACCAUCAUCCAUGGCUCGGCACCAAAGUUAAAUUGCAUCCGCAGGGGAGCCUGGCGCCCAACUCGAUCCGAUUCGGCAUCAACAGUCCAAUGCCUUUGCUAGCGCAGGGAGCACCGACCAGGUAG